AUGGUUGCCAAAUCCCCUGUGCGAUUCGAGUGCGAGUACAUGCAGACGGUUCGGUUACCAGGUAAUCCGCCGAUGGGCACCGUCGAUGUCGUCUUUGGGAGGGUUAUUGGGGUUCACAUUGACGAGAGUGUUUUAACGGACGGAAAGAUUGAUGUUUCCAAGACGAAUCCCAUUGCUCGCCUGGGAUACUUUGAGUACGGAGUGAUUAACGAGUCUUUUGAGAUGGUAGUCCCUGGGGACAAACGCUUGCUAGUCGGAGACUUGCUUCGCGAUGGUUCCGAAUAA